CCCUCGCCGGGAGGAAGGAGCCGAGCCCGCGGAGAGGCCGGCGUGAGAGCGAGCGAGCGAGCGGGCUCGGCCAGCACAGCCCCGGUCCGGGGAGAGGCAGGCCCCGAGCCCCGAGCGCCCGCCCCGGCCCGGGCCGCUCCGCCAGGGCUGGGCCUGGCCCCGCGCCCGGCCCGCGUCCCUCCCACUCCGCCCGCGCCGGGCCCGGGGCCGGAGUUGGCCCCAAACCCCGCGCCGGAGCCGGGCGGGCGGCGCGUCCCAGGGACCCCGCGGGAGCCCGGCCUGGGAGCCAGGAUGGCCGUCCGCAGCGCCUCGCUGACCUGCCUGGGGCUGCUGCUCUUCCUGUUCCCGGGGGCGCAGGCCCAGAACCGAGCCCCGCCCGGCUGCAGCCCGGACCUCAACCCGCUCUACUACAACCUGUGUGACCGCGACGGCGCCUGGGGCAUCGUCCUGGAGGCCGUGGCCGGGGCGGGCGUGGUCACCACCUUCGUCCUCACCAUCGUGCUGGUGGCCAGCCUGCCCUUCGUGCAGGACGCCAAGAAGCGCGGCCUGCUGGGCACCCAGGUGUUCUUCCUGCUGGGCACCCUGGGCCUCUUCUGCCUGGUGUUCGCCUGCGUGGUGAAGCCCGACUUCGCCACCUGCGCCGCCCGGCGCUUCCUCUUCGGCGUGCUGUUCGCCAUCUGCUUCUCCUGCCUGGUGGCCCACGUGCUGGCCCUCAACUUCCUGGCCCGCAGGAACCGCGGGCCGCGGGGCUGGGCGCUGUUCGCCGUGGCGCUGCUGCUCACGCUGGUGGAGGUGAUCAUCAACACCGAGUGGCUCAUCCUCACGCUGGUGCGGGCGGCGGGCGAGGCCGGCCGCCCGGGCAACGGCAGCGCGGGCGGGGCGGCCGCGUCCCCCUGUGACAUCGCCAACAUGGACUUCGUCAUGGCGCUCAUCUACGUGAUGCUGCUGCUGCUGGCCGCCUUCGCGGGCGCCUGGCCCGCCCUGUGCGGCCGCUUCGCGCGCUGGCGCAGGCACGCCGCCUUCGUGCUGCUCACGGCCGCCACCUCCAUCGCCAUCUGGGUGGUGUGGAUCGUCAUGUACACCUACGGCAACCGGCAGCGCAACCGGCCCGCCUGGGACGACCCCACGCUGGCCAUCGCGCUGGCCGCCAACGCCUGGGCCUUCGUCCUCUUCUACGCCAUCCCCGAGGUGUCCCUGGUGACCAAGGCCAGCCCCGAGCAGAGCUACCCGGGCGACCUGUACCCCACCAGGGGCGUGGGCUACGAGACCAUCCUGAAGGAGCAGAAGGGCCAGAGCAUGUUUGUGGAGAACAAGGCCUUCUCCAUGGACGAGCCGGCCUCCGCCAAGAGACCAGUGUCGCCGUACAGCGGGUACAACGGGCAGCUGCUGACCAGCGUGUACCAGCCCACCGAGAUGGCCCUGAUGCACAAAGGCCCGGCCGAGGGACCCUAUGAUGUCAUCCUCCCCCGGGCCACCGCCAACAGCCAGGCGAUGGGCAGUGCCAACUCCACCCUGCGGGCCGAGGACGUGUACGCCGCUCAGAGCCACCAGGCGGCCACGGCCCCGAAAGACGACAAGAACUCUCAGGCUCAGUCCCCGCAAAGUAAACCGAGAUGGUAGCCGCCUGUGGCCUGGACUGCACGCCGUACCCUGUCCUCAGGCCUCUGUCCCGCUGGCAGGGCCCUGCACCUUCCCCACCCUUGUCCCCGGAGCUGGGAGGGCCCGGAGGCCUCCGAUUGGGAGCAGUGGACCGAGUGUGGGGGUGGGGGUGGGGGGGUGGGGGAAGGGGGACGGAGGCCCUGUGAAACCCGAGGCUUAGGGCUGGGCUCGAGGGCCACCCCUACCUGCCCUGCCAGCCUCUCCUGGCCCCCAAGUGACAGAGGCCACAGGAGCUGCCUGCAGACCAGCCUGCCUCCAUCCCCCUGGCGACACCCUCCCCCACGGCACAGCCCGUGUCCUCAGGCGGUGGCUGCAGGGCCCCCCUCACGUGCCCAGUCUGCACACGGUGACCUCCCUGGCCGUGUCCCUGGUGUCCAGCGUGUCCUGCACCCGGUGGAUCGAGGCGGGGCUCCGGGAGUCUUUGGAGGCACACCUGGCAGGCGCUGCCCCCGGCCUUUCUCACGGGGCCGUCACCAAGGGACCAUGGAAGGCUGCGAGGAGGAAGGCAGGGCUUGGAGGCCCGGACAGCUGCACCUCCGUGGCCUGAGGGCCCUGGACCUGAGCCGCCACGGGCGGCGCUUCACUCCGCUCCCCUCUGCACCCUCCUCCCUCACCUUCGAUGGACCGGGCGCCGUGGAGACACAGGCAGGGCUGGGGCUGCAUUCUCGGG